GUGCCAUGGGUGGGCAUCAUGCGAAGGAAGACUGUGUAAAAUAUAAUCAUAAGGAAUAGAUUUCGUUGUGUCAUUAUCAAGUUAGCAAAUCAUACCACGUCACGUCCGAAACUAAAUGGUACUCUGAAUAAAAAUGAAGUUUCUCUCAUGUUAUUUUCGACGUUUUAUUAUAACAGUAUUACUAAUUACACUGCUAUUCUGCAUUGUCCAAGUCUUUAGAUCAGAACUGGAUUUCACCAACAAUGAUCUAUCCAAUUUGGAUAAAUUAAUACAUAUAUCUCAGUUAAUCAAAGAGUCGGAACAAACUUAUGUUGGAGAUGGAGUUGUAGCUUGUAAGCUGCCCCAGUUAAAUGUCUCUAAUCCAGAGAUUACAAAAUUCUUACAUGCUGUUCCACCACUAGUAUGUACACCUGAAGAUUGGGUUAUACUCCGUGGUUCAAGACUUGUUAUUAGCAAAAGAGCAAAAAAAAAAUAUGGCUCGAUAUCUUGUUCUUUCAGUGAAAUUCUUAGAAACGAUGACUCCAAUAUAUCAUUUUUGCCUCCAGUUGAGUCUGAUGACUCUUAUAUCCUCAGGCAUAGUGAUUUUGUUGAUGUCAAAUGCAAAUCAAAAAAUGGGGAAGAAUGGCACAGUAUUAUGGCAGGAGUUAAGGAUGAUCCUCAGAUAAAAGAGAAAAAUAAAUGGGAAAAUGUCCCAAACAAUGCUCUUAAGUUAAAUGUACUUAUGUUUGGUUUUGAUUCACUGUCGCGAAAUACAUUCAUACGCAAAUUACCAAAGACAUAUCAGUAUUUAAAGGAAUAUUUAGGUGCUUUAGUUUUAGAAGGAUAUAAUAUAGUAGGCGAUGGGACACCACAAGCACUCAUUCCUAUUCUAACUGGAAAGAUUGAACUUGAAUUGCCAGAUACUAGAAAGCGAAUGGGACAAAAAGCAAAUUAUGUUAAUAUUUAUCCAUUAAUAUGGAAUCAAUAUAAAAAAAACGGCUAUAUAACAGGAUUCAUGGAAGAUGUACACCAUAUUGGAACCUUUACAUAUCGUCUAAAGGGCUUUAAGGAACAACCAACUGAUCAUUAUAUGAGAACAUACUAUUUAGCUGCAACCCCAUACUUUAGAUACUAUAAUAAAUUUUGUGUUGGAAGCAUUCCACGACACAUGGUGAUGUUGAAUUACAUUAAGGAAAUUUUUAAUGUUUACAAACACCAACCGAAAUUCCUAUUUGGAUUUCAUGGGGAACUUUCACACGAUUCCUACAAUGAUAUAGGUGUGGUUGAUGAAGACUUGCAUACUUGGAUUAAAGACUUGCAUGAAUUUGGUCACUUAAAUGAUACAGUAUUAAUAUUGAUGAGCGACCAUGGGCACAGGUUUGCAGAAAUUCGUAAUACUCUACAAGGUAAACAAGAGGAAAGAUUGCCAUUUUUUUCCUUUACUUUUCCACCUUGGUUUAAAAAAGCUUAUCCACAAGCCUAUGGAAACUUUUUGCACAAUACACAUUACCUAUCAACACCGUUUGAUGUGCACAAAACAUUAGAAAGUAUAUUAAAUUUUGAAACUCCGAAAGAUGGGGAUCGACAUCAAAGAGCUAUUAGUUUAUUUGAUAAGGUACCAUUAGAGAGGACAUGUGCAGAUGCAUUCAUAGAACCACAUUGGUGUGCUUGCCUUAGUUGGCAAGAAAUUUCAAUUGAUGACGAUAUCGUAAUUGCUGCAGCCAAAUAUUUUGUUCAUUUUCUUAAUAUUUAUACGGAAGACCAUCGUGACAUAUGUAAAGAUUUACAAUUAAAAGAAAUAUUGUGGGCUGCUAAACUUAUACCUAAUAAAGGUUUAUUGAAAUUUCAAAAAUCUGGAGAUCAAGAUGGAUUCAUAGGAGAUUUUAGUGCAAAAACAAAAAUUGCAACUGAAACUUAUCAAUUGAAAGUAAAAACAAAACCAGGAGAUGCAUUAUUUGAAGUAAGCAUUACUUAUGAUAUAAGGAAGAAUAUAUAUUCAACCAAAAUUUCAGAUGUUAGUAGAAUUAACAUGUAUGGAUCUCAAGCAAGAUGCGUGGAAAAUUUUUUAUUUCAUUUACGAAAAUAUUGUUAUUGCAGAGAUUAAAGAAGAAAUGUUUAAUUAUAGUUAAUUAGUCUUAAAGUAUACUUUAGUUACUAUAUAAUUCGGUAAAACUACUUAUAAUUGAACAAAUUUAAAAAUCACAUUCAUUAUGAAACAAAGUAAUGAAAUUAUUAGUUUUAUUCUUUAUAAGAAUGUAGUAAGUCCUACAAAUGUUACCGCACAGUUUACCUCACUAUGUACAAUGUUAAGUUGCCAAAUUGAUAGGAUAACUAAAUACAGUAGUGCCCACAUAAGUGACCACGCACAGGACCAGCGACGGUCAUUUAUGUGGGCAUAGUUGCUUCUCAAAAUUCAACGGAGAUAAAGAAAGAGGAUAAGUGCGAGUGAGAUACAAUAACUGGCGCCCGAAACCAUACAUACAAUGUAUGUAUCGAUAACGACCGGCGUCAAGUUACAAGCUUCUAAGAAUUGGUGGGGAUAACCGCGGUUAUUUAAGUGGGCAAAAAUGCGGUCACUUAUGUGGGCACUACUGUAUUUAAUGUAAAUAGUGCACAAUCUAUUACUAUUAAUACAUAAUUGAGCUAUUUCAAUGUUUAUAUAAUAAAUCAAU